UGAGGCUGGCUAGCAGGCAGCUGCUCGCCGUGAGGCACCCAGCGCACGCAGCAGUCGGGUGGGAGCCGCCGCAGCACCUGGGAUCGCGGCCGAGAGCCGCUGGCGCGCAACUUCGCCAUGCCGAAGAGAAAGGUGACGGUGGCGGACGGGGAGGCCCCGGAGGAGCCGAAGAGGCGAUCGGCGCGGCUUUCUGCUAAACCUGCUCCUGCCAAAGCAGAGACGAAGCCAAAAAAGACAGCGGCAAAGGAUAAAUCUGAGGACAAGAAAGCUCCAUCAAAGGGGAGAAAGGGGCCUAAAGGAAAACAGACAGAAGAGACAAACCAAGAACAAACAAAGGACAACUUGCCUGCAGAAAAUGGGGAGGCUAAAACUGAGGAGACCCCAGCAUCUGAUGCAGCAGUAGAGAAAGAAGCAAAGUCUGAGUAACAUCUGGUACUAAGUCUUUAACUGGUGGUCCUUAUACCUUUCUUCUUGUACAAUUCAGAGGAAUAUUUUUAUCAACUAUUUUGUAAAUGCAAGUUUUUUAGUAGCUCUAGAAAACACAUUUUUAAAAAGGAGAGAAUCGCAACUCAACCCAUUUUUUUACAUAUUUAGAUAAGUGUAAAUGCUUUUUUUAAGUGGUAAAAUCAUGUACUGGUUGUCUGUUUUCUAUGAAACCAGAAAUUAAUGACAUGUUACAUAAAGAAGAGGAGGGCUCUGAAGCCUUCAUGUUCCACAGACUGGGAGGGACAGUUUUUCUAUCCUACUAAAUUAAGCAUAACACAGAUUUGACUUUGGAAUUCAUAAUGAUAUGUUGAGAAUGUCUUAACAUUUUGGUUAUUUAUCUUCUAUGGUUGUACCAUCAGUAGAAAUGCUUAUCUAAUAAAACUGCUCCCUAGUGUUGGAUUUGUUGCUGAGUGACCUAUAUGUGUGACAAAGUUAAUUUUGGUAGUUGUAGCUUUAUUUUUUUCCAAAAACUUUGUAGCUAUGAUGCAAAAAAGACAGACUAAAAGUUUCCAAUCUAAAGAUUAAGUAGUAAUUCUCUGCUUGGCAGACAUAAAGACAUAACUUGCUAUAUCAGUAUUUGAGGCACUGGAACUUCACAUCCAGUUUUAAAGGACAGCUUAUCUACAAAAAUGAAAUGAAAAAUAUUUGCAAUAGUCUUAGGAAAAAAAACCCACAGAAUUACACUUUUUAGGUUUAAAAAUAAACCUAUGUGAAUAAAAACAAUUGUAAGAUUGUUCAUAGUGUCUGUGAUCACCAAACAAAAGCCAAAUAAAUCUUGAUUAUGAAAGGA